GUACAGCUGAAACGCUUAAAAUGUUAAUCACAUGUUCGGCGUCAAAGGCACUUUGGUUGAAUUCACCUGCGCUAAAUUGGGCCGGUGCCCGACCCGAAUUGUCGGGAAGAGCUCUGACGCGAUAUUGCUCUACCGCUCUUGUGUGUCGCCACCUAGUGUCGUACUCUGAAAGUCCUUCCCCCAAGCUUCUCGUUCAUUGUGAAUAUGAUGAAUGGCAAGCUUCCAAAGAACUACAGCCAAUUGUCCAGUCAAAUCCUCUUUUCUAAAAAUAAAUACAUAAUCAUAUCUCAUUUUUAGCUUUUUUUCUUCGCUACAGUCUGCUGUAUUUUUUUAUUUUUUUUUUGCAACAUUGCAAACGUCCCUGAACAUAUUUCCUUCAACAAGCAAGUCUUUGUUGAGUCUCAAAACUAGAUUCCGCUCUGAGAGCCGACUUUCCGGCAGCUAAAGAUCUAAAGUGGUAGAUAAUUAAAAUUAAAUCUCCACCUCACAAUUGUUUGUGAUCUCAGCUUCCUGUCUGCCUCCGCCGCGGGGUGUACCCUGUGGCAAAGUUGCAUAAGCUCUGUGGAGUGACUUGUAGUGUGCACAGGCUGCUGACAGUGGAAAGAGUCUGGACUUCCUAAUUUUGUAACGGUGCAGUUCACUUCCCAUUAGAUUACACUGCAAAUGUCAGGUCACAAUGCUGUCAUUGAAAGAAGAAGCAUGACUUGGAAGUUAGGCCCAACAGGACAUUAGAUUGUUUUUACAUUGCAUAUAUGUACGUCUCAGGAACAAGGAGAGCUGCAGGGGCCAUUGUUAUUAUUGCCAUAUUUUGAUCUUAAGUUGUUCAUCGGAUGAAAUACCACGCAUCCCACAUAGGGUUGUAAAGGGAGUGAGUUUUCUCCUCUCCAGAGCUCUUCACGCAUCUCAGGAUUAAGUUAAAAGGUGAACUUUGGUUGCAUUUUGUUCAACCUUCAGAUCUCACUGUGGAACCCUCAUGCCCAAAACCAGAAGGUGAAUUUGAAUUUAGACUGAUAUAAGGCAUAAUUCAAGUACUGUGUUUCCGAAAUGAACCAUUGUCAUUUGUGAAAGUUGUGCUCACAUAAUGGGGAUUGUGUUAAUCUGUUCAGGUAUUUUGGUUCUCCAGUGUGUGAUACUGAGCGCACACACACACACAAACACCCAGUGUGGCUGUUUGCCUCUCAUUGUUGAACCGUUUUGUUCGAUGUUUCAAAUGCAUGUUGCACAGAGGUAAAGGACAUUUACUCAGCAAUUAAUUUACUGUAUAUUUUUAAAUGUAUUUCCCAUAUCAAUUAUUCCCGUUUCAGUGCAUAUUUCCUUCCACAUAAAUCUAUACAUUUAUCGCUUCCCCUUCAAUCCACAUUUAUGUACACGGUUCUGUUUAUGUAUUCAUUUUCAAGUACCUCAUAUAUAUCAUUUUUUUGGCUGUGUAGUAUUGUUUUAAUUUACUUUUAUAAAUAAGAAUUAAUUUGUUCAUAUCAAUGCAAGUUUGUUUCUACCUUAAUUCAUUCAUGUUCUUUCUUUUAGUUUUGCCACUUGUGAUUCCAUUGUAGAAAAGGGGGUUAUGCAUGUCUAAAUAUGCUAUUAGUUGAAGUCAGAAUUGUUGUUUUGUCCUAAGUCCUAGAUCUAGUGCUGAGAUAUAAACAUUUCUGCUUAAGCUCAUGUUGCGGAGCAGUCAAUGCCUAUUCCAAAUUCCUUCUUUACUUUUGUGAAGCUUUGUAAAGUGAAUCAAUGUGCUUUGACUUCUCGCCAGUUUCUGUCAGAUAAGGGAUAAGGGGUUUAUCUGUGCAGGUCCAAAGUGUUUCACAUUCCUCAAAGUUAAGAUCGAUGAAGCCCAAAUACUUUGGCUGUUUCAACAAAACAGGUCCAGUGUUUUGUCAGGAAAACGAGUCACUUUGUAAAGUCUUCACUUUCACAUCUGCACUGCAAACAUGGAUGAAAGUAGAACUGGCUCCGCUUUUACAAAACAAAACAUUGAUUUAUCGUUUGAGUUUUUACCAGCUGCAAGGUCAUGUGUCUUCAACCAUCCUCCGUGGAGCAUGCUCACUGAAGUCCAGUAAGAUGAGGCAAUGCUAUAUGAGGCUACACUGCAGCAACCGUAAAGUUUCAUCAUCCCUUCAUUUCCUGUACACAUGCUUUCAUCCAGCCCUCUCGGACCACUAUAUGAGGUCUUAUCCAGAGAGCCAGGGCCAGUUUGGUGCCCCAACUUUAUCCCUCUUGUAAGUUGUUCUACUGACUCGGCUCUUCUUCCUCACACAAGCUGUGUGUCAGGAUAAGAGCAGAACAUGCUUAUCACAAGUUCAAGCCUCACACCGAAGGAUGCAUUUUCAAAGUCCUUAAUUAUUGGAUGCCACUCGGGAGCAGCUGAGUGUGUGUUUAGAUGAGAUUAACGGGAAACGUUAACCAACAUAAUAGUUUCUAUGUUGCCUCUACAGUAAGCUACUGUACAGACAUGUUUUUAUAGACAUAAUUAAUAGAAUUUUCAAAUACUGAAAUGAUGGCGGCAGCCCUACUAUCGACCAUUGAAUGUCGUUGAAGCGUUUUACAUCACUUUAUCCUGAGUUUCUUCUGAGAUGGAGGAUGACGAUUUGUAAACAUUGAGCGCCUCAUUUUGCAAAUGGCAGGAAAAGGUCUUCUGCUCCAUUGUUUUGUUUUGAAAAUCAUGAAGGAUAAGAAGAACCUAAAAUGAGUGGGAAAACUGAGGGUGUAGUUGCUGGUUGAACGCUUAAAGAGGUGAAAGCAGACUUUCUAAGGGCUGUUACUCACUUCCUUCCUUUCUCCGGUGCUGAAGUUUCAUUUGGAGUUGUUUGCUCAGUGGUGAGCUGACCUCUGAUUCAUGCUUCGUCAGCACAUUUUCUGCUUAGGUGGUUGUUUCUUUUUCCCCCUUCUUGAUAAAACUGCAGGAAUUCUGUUUGGAUGACAAAGGCAAGCUACUCGUAUAAGAUUUUAUUGAAGCUAAAGGUUGACCAAGACCAACUGUUCUAUCAGUCCUUUGAUGUAAAAUAAAUGAGAAGGUGGAGUUGUCUUUGUGAGUCAUACUGCUGUGAACAGCCAUCCUUCCACUCUCCGGUGUUGUCUAAACUCUGGGUCAGGUUCUCACCGAGGAAUGUGUUGGAAUUGUUUGUCCAGAUGAGCAUGUUCUCUCUGCACUCUGACGAGUUAUUGAAAGUGGUUCAAGUUAUUGGAUAAAACUGGGAAGUCUGACAAAGACAGAGGAGAGGUUCUUGUUGACAUACAGUUUAUGAGGAACAACAUGACCGCCAGUAUGUUUGACCUCUCCGCUGCUGGAAAAUCCAGGUCUCGCCUGGGCAAGUUUAAAGACAAAGUUCGAGGCAAGAAGAAGGAAUCGGAAGCGUCGUCUGUCUUGGUCCCGACGUUCGGCCAGGUUCUGACCGACAGUGAGGAGGAAGGGAAGGGGGGUUUGGAGGAGGCUGCAGGAAGGGACGAGGAGGAGAAGAAGAAGAAGCACAAGAUGAAGUCGCUUUUUGCCCCAAAGUCCAAUCUUCAGAAAAAUCUGUCCCAGUCAAUGACUGUCCUUCCUGGGAAAAACUCAUCAUUGACAGGAAGCCUGUCGUCCUUGAAUGUGGAUACUUCAGAAGGCAAAAAGAAGUUCAAGUUCUUGAAGCACAAACGCUCCGACAGCCGAGAUUCUCAGAAACAAAUGGAACAAAGUAACUUGUGCAUCAAUGGAAGUCACAUCUAUUGUGAGGAGCCACAGCCACGCAGCGCUCGCACCGGAUCCAACUUCAGUCUCACCAGUUCAGGGCACGGUUCGAUGGAGGACGUUCCGCAGAGUUCUCCACCUUCUGUGGAUUCACUCAGAGUUGUGAAAGAAUGCCCUUCGUGGACGGAGGAGCAGGAAGAAGCAGACGCAAGUGUUGAUAAGAUGGACUGCGUAUCAGAAAACAGAAGGCUUGAGGAAGAAGAGUGUGGAGGGCAUGAUAGACUUCCAGAGAUUCAGAGCAAAGAAGAGGUGGAACAGAGGAGUGAUGAAGACGGCAGCAUGGGGGAAGUUGGCCAUCAUAAAGUUCUGAAAAUGCUUAAAAGAUUUGAGGAAGGAAAGCAAGAAAAAAGAGAAGUAAGCAAGAUCAUAGAAGAAAAGCAAAGGAAGGAUGAAAAGAGGGUGAUGGAGAGCAGAGCCAGAGAAGAGGAAAGGAUUCGUAAGGAGAAUGAAAUGGCUGACACAGAAAAAAGGAAGCAACAACAUAUAGAGGAGGAGCAAAGACUGAAAGAGGAAGAAGAAGAAAGGUUGGUGGUGGAGAAAAGGAGGCAAGAAGAGGAGGAAAGGAGGGUUAUGGAAGACAGAAUGCAAAGGGAGGAGUUUGAAAGAGUUGAACAAAGAAGGAAGGAAGAGCAAGAAAAGUUAGAAAAGAAAAGAAUUCUAGAGGAGGAGGAGGAAAGGAAACACCAGGAAAGAAUUCAAAAAGAGAAAGAAGUAGAAAUUAAAAAGCUGCAUGAAGAAAAACAACAGAGAGAAUGGGAACGGAGGCAAGCCAAAGAAGAAAGACUGCAAAAGGAGAAAGAGGAGUUAUUACGGAGAGCAAUGGAAGAAAAGCUCCAAAAAGAGGAAGAAAGGAAACAAGUUGAAGAGGAGAGAAUAAAAAGAGAGCAAGAAAAGCUGUGGGAAGAAGAAAGACUUAGAGAAAUGGAAGAGAAGAAGAGACAGGAGGAAAAAAGGCAACAGGAAGAGAAGGAUAGACAAGAGGAAGAAAGGAAACUGGAAGAGAAGAAGAGACAAGAGGAAGAAAGGAAACUGGAAGAGAAGAGACAAGAGGAAGAAAGGAAGCUGGAAGAGAAGAAGAGACAAGAGGAAGAAAGGAAACUAGAAGAGAAGAGACAAGAGGAAGAAAGGAAGCUGGAAGAGAAGAAGAGACAAGAGGAAGAAAGGAAACUAGAAGAGAAGAGACAAGAGGAAGAAAGGAAGCUGGAAGAGAAGAAGAGACAAGAGGAAGAAAGGAAGCUGGAAGAGAAGAAGAGACAAGAGGAAGAAAGGAAGCUGGACGAGAAGAGAAGACAGGAAGAAAGGAAGCUGGAAGAAGAAAAGAGAGCACAGAUGGAGCAAGCAAGGUUGAUGGAAGAGGAGAGAGGAAGAAAAGAGGAAGAGGAGAAUUUAAAGAGGGAAAUGGAAGAAAAGAGACAAAAAGAAGAAAGGAAACGGGUUGAAGAGGCAAGAAUUCAACAAGAAAAAGAAAUAUUGAUGGAAGAAGAGAGAAUCCGAAAGGAGGAGGAGAAGAGGAAAAGACAAGAGAAGGAAGAAGCGCUGAGGCGAGAGGAAGAACAGAAGGUAAGAGCAGAGCAGGAAAGGAAGAAACUCGAAGAAAUGAAGAGAGCUGAGGAGGAAAGAAUUCAAAAAGAGCAGGAAGAGAGUAAACGACAAGAGGAGCAAGCAAAACUCAAGGAACAAGAAAGGAUGGAACGAGAAGAGCAGGAGAGACGAGAUGAAGAAGAGCGAGUGAGAAGGGAACGGCUAUUAGAAGAGGAAAGCAGAAUGAUGGAGAGAAGGGCUGAGGAGGAGCAAAAAAUGAGGGAAGAUCAAAGAAGUCAACUCCGGGAGUACAGGAUUCAAGACGAGGAACAGAAAAGGCAGCUGGAUGAAGAAACAAGAGAGAGAAGUGAAUUUCCUGACGACUCUUCCAAGAAUCCACUUGAGGAAAACCUUUCCGAUAAUCCCUCUGAUGAGAUUCCUGACUCGCCUGCUGUGUCGACGGUCCUGCCAAGGUGUCAGUCAGAUUCAUCUGACAGGAGCGAGGCAGUUCUAAUAAGUGACAAGGACCAUUCUGUUAGUCAGUGGAAGAAAUCUCCAGCGCCUCAGCCUCCAGGAAGGAAUCCAGCUGUGAGACGGCGUCAGCAGGAGUGGGAUGAGUCACAAGCACAAAUGACAAUGAAACACAAAGAUCCCAAAACUGUCAGUGUUGUUCCUCAACAACUGGCAGAAGCUGUCCCUUCCCUCAGACUGAUUCCGACACAGACAAAGUCCGAUGACGUCACUGGGCCCUCAGAACGAGUUAAACACUCUAAGGGUCCUGCACCAUCCAGGCCGUCUCACAGGCUGCUGUCAGCUGCCUCUAAACCAGGUCGUAGUUUAAAUCCCUUUGAAGAAGAUGAUGCUGAAGACACUGAAAUCCCUCACUCUGCCAUUUCAAUUGUCCAUCCUGAUUCUGAAGCAAAAACCAAGUCCUCCAAGGUGACCCGAGCCCCCAAGCCUCCCACAAAUCCAACAAUGCCAUCAACCUCUGACCCCUUCGCUGACAAUCUCAAUCUGACACCACCGCGUGACAGUGAGAAACCAAUGUGUGAUCCUGAACGAGAUUCGGGCCUCUCUCUGUCUUUCCCCGAGGGCUCCCCACACAAGUCUGCGCCUCAGCAGAGAGUGGAGGAGAGCCACAAGAGGGCUCAUCCUCCUACCACCCCUCGAAGGCUUCAACCUGUAAAACCACUAAAUGCUCUGGAGCAUCAAGUUCAUGGGCAGAAAGUGCAAUCUGCUCCAGCCGUUGAAGAGCAGAACAAACAGAUAAAAAGAUCUGAAGUGAAGGGACCGUAUUCUUUGCUGACUCAGGAUGAGCUCGUAGGUCUGGUCCAGAAACAGGAGCAGCAGCUGAUGGAUCGGGACAAGAAGAUAGCAGAGCUAGAACAGUACAUUGACAACCUACUGGUUCGUGUCAUGGAAGAACAACCAAGUAUUCUCAUGUCUAUGACCUCCAUGAAGACGGUUGUAUAGGCUGCUUACACAGAGUUUAUCAUUUUGGUAGAUGAUGAACCAUGAAGUUAUGCCCAAGUAUGAUUGUCUGAGUGUCACUCUGGCAAUUUCAAAUCACAGUCAUGGCUUCGUUCAGCUCUCUCAAAUUGCUUGUGGUUGAAACAAUUCACUUGUGUAUUUGUAUGUACUUCUGUUAGGGUUACAAGUAGUCUGCCAUGGUGAGUGUUGCGAAAGUGCCUUCUGUUGCAUUGUUGCACUUUGCCUUUGAACCUACGCUGCUUUUGCACUACAUGUUUGCAUGAUGUUUACAUGACUAGUCUGCUAACUCGAACACGCACUUUACAAAGCUAAUGCUCCAAGCAUGAGGAUUUUCAUCUUCAUACUGGGGUUGUUUGAUUUCUGCAUUUUCAUUUUUCAGACUACUGUCUUUUGAUUAUAACAUUAAAUAAUGAUCAGUGAUUAAAUUAAUUUACUGUAAUCAUGUGUGAUUUCUCUUUGUACAUUUGAACAGGUGUUUGUGUGUUCUAGCGCAAUGUUGGGGGCAACAAUUGAGCAUUGUUCUUUGACUAAAUAGUA